AUGAUUGACAAUGAAGCUCUUAUGAAGAGCUCGCCUUUUCAAGUUAUACAUGGCGGAGAUUCCGAUCUCAACUACAACUUGAAGAAUACCACUCCAGAGUUGCUUAAGUUCCAAUUACAAGAACAAUACAGAAACAAGUUAUCCGACUUACACGAGAACCAUCAUGAUUUACCAAAUUUGAACUUGUUAUAUACCCAGUUUCUUCAAGGAUCAUUUAAUAAUCAUUUACAAACAAACAUAGAUCAAGAGCAUAUCACACUCGAAGCGGAAGUGCCCAGCUUAUCGUCAACUCCAAUAACAGAUAAUGAAGAGGAAGGAUACAUAACUAUAGGUGAUAACAAGGCUAAUUAUAUAAAUUUACGUGUAUUAAUUGAAAACUCAGUCUUCGACACUAGCAAGAUAAAUAAGGAUGCAAUACUUACAUUACCAAGGUUAAAGAAGUUGAAACAAGAAAUUGAAGAUAAAAAAGAAUUUAAACAAUACUUACUAUCAAGAUAUGGGAUAUCCCAACAAUUUUUCACGGAGAUGUUAAAUACCGACAAGCAGGAAAGCUUAAAUUUGGAUGCCCCGUUAUUAUUAAAGUUCUUAAAACUGAACAAUUAUUUGCAACAGCAGCUUUUACAAGUCAGUGAAUAUUUAGACAAUUUGAUAUUGCAGUUAAACAAUCAUAACUUGACGUGCUUGGUAUUGGGUUACAUUGAAGACAUUAAAUUGACUUCUCUAUCUGUUACAGGGCCUCCCUUGUCAACGUCGUCCCCCUUCACAUCACCUAAACGAAUGCCGAAAUCCUCUUCAACACUUAUAGAACAACCGCUGAAGCUGGUCAGUAAGACAUUUGAUAGCUUAUUUUCACAUAUUGCAUCUAUUGCGGUGCAACGCAAUAUUCAGUUGCCGCAGCCCUCAGCAAAUACUGACCCAGAAACAAUACAAUCGCGUAUUCAAUGGGCUCAAGAUUGCAUUGAUACGAUUCUUUCAACUCAACCAGUUCUGAUGCGUACACCAGUCAAUGAAAAGUCAAUGGACUUAUCAGCUGAUGAAACAUCUUCUAGGAAUGACUUUUCUCAAGAUCAUUCUUUUUUAAAUGAAUCAUCUAUUACAUCUGCUUCACCUCAGAAAUCGCAAAACAAUGGAAAACUUCUUGCUGAAUAUAAAACUGCAUUAAAUGACUUGAGAUUUUCUCAUCAGUAUCUAUCUAAAGAAUACGAGCAUUCGAGGGAAAGUUCACUCAAAGUGAUUCAAGAAUAUCGUAAGAAAAAUUCCAUACUAGAAAAAGAAUUGAACAAAUUGAAAAAAACAAAUCUGUCUAAUCAAUCUAGUACCGCGUAUGAUAGUUCUGACAAUAUUGAUGCUAAAGAUAGAGAAAUAUCCAAACUUCGUAAGGAGCUCAAUUUGUUAAAGAUUGAUAAAUUGGGGAUAAAGAACAGUGCCACCAAACUUGCUUCUCCUAAUAGUUCUAAUAGUGCAUUAUCUGCAUUGUCGCCAAUAACUAGUAAUUUUCCGUCGAGCUAUACCGAUGUGGAUGGCAUUGAAACUGAAUCUGUAAUUCCUAGUAGACCCACGUCUACAAAUUCUAGCUCAACCAGUAACGGUAUAUUAAGAACAGAGUUUAAGAAGAUUGUUGAAGAUAUUCAUGAUCAGUAUGAAUUACAAUUGACUGAGGAAAGAUACAAAAGAAGACAAUUGCAGGACAAAUUUCAAGAAUUCUCUACACAGAAAUAG